AUGUCGCAUCGCGACAUUCUUGUGCCCGAUUGCAACAAUUGUUUAAAGCUGACUCUUCAUACUCACGUCGGUGGUAAGAGAAAGAAUCGCAUUCAUCUUCAAGACCGGAAAAUCACAACUGUUCGGAAAAUCAUAGCUGUUCGGAUAAUCUGGUGUCAACUCAUCCCCAGCAUGAUUCCAUCACCAAUCUUGAACACUCUUAAACGAGACGUGGUUAUAAUAGGAGGAGGACCUGCUGGACUUCUGUUGCUUGCAGCCCUUAAGACGUCGCCUUAUCUCCGCCAUCUACUGUGUACAUUGAUUGAAGGAGGCUCAUUGGCUCUGGCCAAACAGUUUGGCGUAGAUCCACCAAAGGAAUACACCAACAGAAUCAUCUCCUUGACCCCGGCUACGGCAUCGUAUAUGGAUCUGGGAAUGGGAUGCUGGAACCAUCUACAUCACGAUAGACUCAAAAGAUAUAACCACAUCAUUGCUUAUGACGAUGACGGCAAGAUUGGGUUUGAUAUGGAUGCGUAUAUGGUUGAAGUCAUUAACGUUCAACUGGCUCUAUUGAAACGGUUAGCAGAGUUGGAAAAUGGCUUUGAAAACGUAUGGGAUCAAUGUAAGGUGACAGAAAUUGAAAAGAAUGGUGGGUCUGGAUCUGAUUGGCCCAUAGUCAAACUUUCUAAUGGUAAGUCGGUUGAAGCCCGGUUAUUGGUCGGAUGUGAUGGCUUCAAUUCUCCGGUCAGACAUUUCGCCAGAAUCCAAAGUAGGGGCUGGCCCUACGAUAGAUUUGGCGUGGUCGCUACCAUUAAGGUAUCCAAACCAACCCAAGUUGCAUAUCAGAAGUUUUUACCUACUGGGCCUUUAGCUAUAUUACCUUUGGAAGGUGAUGAUGCUACGAUAGUGUGGUCGCUGACCCCGGAAUUGAGUGAAACUUUGUGUGCGGCGCCCUCGGAAGUGUUUCCUCAUUUGGUCAAUGCCGCUAUGAAAUUAGAUUCUCAUGAACUUCCAUAUAUUUAUGAAAUGGUUAAAAACAAUGACAAUGUUGACAAUGUUAUUGAUGAAAUUCAAUGGAGAUUAAACAAGGCAUCUGUUUUUGAUAAAUACUACGAUAAUACGGUUACUAAAGUGUUUGAUAAAUCAAGAGCAAGAUUCCCAUUGAAAAUGUCGCAUGCCGAUACUUAUGUCGCACCAAGAAUAGCAUUAGUAGGUGAUGCUGCUCAUACUAUCCACCCUUUGGCAGGUCAAGGUCUUAAUCUCGGUCAGGCAGAUGUCCAGCUGCUUGUAGGGGCAUUGGAAAAGGCUUCCACCAGAGGUUUGGAUAUAGGUUCCACUUUAGCUUUAGAGCCAUAUGUUAGUGAAAGAUGGCCUGCUAAUCACGUGAUGCUCGGGGUCUGUGAUAAAUUCCAUAAAGUAUUUGGAGUAAAUUGGGGUCCAUUCAAUGCUAUGAGAGGAUUUGGAAUGAAUACUCUUGAUUCUUUGGGAUUGGCAAAGAAUUUGAUUGUUAAUCAAGUGUAA